AUGCGGGGCGAUGGGCCCCGCUUUGGUGCUGGGCGUUUCUGGGGCGACUUGGAGGGGGACCUGCAGCCGCGGCCUGCCCAGGCACUUGGUCGCGGAUAUGAAGAUGAGAGUGGAGAUCCUUUCACGGACCUCAACGCAGAAGAGUAUGAGCGUCAAGUGUUGGCAUACAUAACUGAAGGCUUCUUGGAGGAGGGCCGCAGGAGAACAGGUGGAAAGCUGACUGAUGCAGAGCUCCUGUCCGGAACUCAUGGCAAUGCUUGCGCCGUGCCACAGUUAAGGAUCGCAAGAUCAGACUCUGGACUGCCUUUGAGCACAGCCAGCUCUGUCCGUGACCACAGACCUUUGCCACUGGAAUUGGGCAAGUUCACCAAUACCCUUGAGAAAGUCAGCCUUCGGCUCAACAAGGAUUUGGCUGCAACAUGGUCAGCCAAGGAGGUCCUGGAACUGGCAGAAGCGCAUUUGAGCCAGUUUGACGCCAUCAAUUUAGUAAUGGCAUUGCACCGAGUGGCCAAAUGUGGUGACCGGCAUGAUGUCCAAAUUGGCGAUCAGAAGCAAGAGAUGUUGAGGAAACUGAGCAGCAAGGUGAUCGCCACCAUCGCUGACCCGUUUGCAAGGAUUGAGGCCAAGGAAGUGACCAAGACCUGUUGGGCUUUCGCUAAGCUGAGCCUUUCACACGAUUCCUCGAUGGAGCUCCUGGCCCAGAAGGUCAUCAGCAGGACCCAUGAACUGGAUGCGCACAGCUUGUCCAAUGCACUGUGGAGCUUUGCAACUGUGCGGCUGCGGGAGGAACCUUUGCUGGAGGCAUUGGCCUUCAGUGCUUAUGAGCAACUGCGAGAGCUCAAGCCACAGGGCCUGUCCAACACUGCCUGGGCGUUUGCAAAGCUGGACUAUUGCAGACUUCCACUGAUGCAGGCCCUUGCGCUUCGAGUGUCACAAUGCAGUGGAGACUUUGACCCGCAGGGGCUUGCAAAUACGGCCUGGGCCUUUGCUACCAUGUCAGUUCGGCAUGAUGGUCUGAUGGCAACUAUGGCAAAAGAGAUGUUGGCAGGUGCUGCACGCUGGACCUCCCAGAACAUGGUCAAUUUGGUGUGGGCUUUUGCAAGGUUAAGGAUAAAGCACCCAAAGCUUUGUUCAAGCAUUUCAGUCGAAGCUCUACAGCUGAUGCAUACUUGGAAGCCACAAGGCUUAGCGAACCUGCUUUGGGCCUUUGCCAAAUUGGAGGCUCAAGAUACGCCACUUCUUCAAGCCUUGGUGGGAGAGGUCACGUUGAACAUCCAGGAAUUCCAGCCACAGAACCUGGUCAAUGUUUUAUGGGGAGCUGCAAAGCUGGCCUUCUUGCAGCAGGAGUUUUUGUGGGUUCUAAGCAGUGCCAUAUGCCAAGAAGCGCCACAUUUCAAUCCGCAGCAUUGUUCCAAUGCACUUUGGUCCUUCGCUGUUCUGGCCUUCCAGUCUCCUGCGAUCAGCAUGUUGGCCAAACGGACCGCUUCCAGCUCCAAAGAUUUUCAGGCGCAGGAUUUGGCAAAUGUUCUUUGGUCCUGCUGCAAGCUCAGCUAUGAAGAUCCCGACCUUUUGGAAGCUAUGAUGGAGGAGGUGAUGCAGAAAGCAACAAGCUUUGAGCCACAAAACCUCUCCAUUUCUGCUUUUUCGUUGGCGCAGAUGAGCAUUUCCUCGCGCCCUGUGCUGCGGCAGUUGAUGGACACGGCAGCUAGUCGCUGGUCCGAGUUCGAUGGUCAGGGCCUGGCCAACCUGGCACAAGCCAUGGCCAAGACACAGGUGGUGCAUGAGCCUUGGAGCAAUGGCCCCAAGGUGCAGAGGCUACAAUGCGUUUGGCAAGAGUUCUGGAGGGACAUCGUCAAGACCGUGGAGCACAAUUGCGGAAACCUUCCAAUCUCGCUUAUACGCUUCUUCUUGGAUCAAGAGAAAAAGAGAGAUAUUCUCAUGAAAAGUGCUGCUGAGGUCAUGGGCAGGCUCGAAGAUCCUUUGGUUUGCAUUUGGUGGCGCAAAGACUCAAAGGUAGAAGUUCGUUUCCUACGAGGUGGCGUCGCGUGGAUCGAGCGCCCUCCGCAUUGGAUCAGAAAGGCACUUGAAAAGAAGAGCAUCAGGGAAGAAGUGCAACGCUCCAUGCAGAACCACUAUCGGCUUGAGUGGAAGAGGAUUCGAACUGUGAAUGUCCAGGGCGACUGGGACCCUGCAAGCUCUCUCGCGACCAAGAGAGCAGCACGGACAAAAGACACUGAAGCAGAGCCCGCAGAAGCAGAGGCUGCAGAAGCAGAAGCAGAGGAGCCCGCAGGCGUAGAUGAGGCGGUUGAAGAGCGAGACAGGGAAGAAGAGGUUGACAAUGCAGGGGCCACCGGCGAAGCUUUCAACGAAAUGUCUAUGGGACCCAGCACUGAGGUGGAGCAAAACCAGCUGACGCCAGAGGAAAAAGAGGAGAUCCUGGCGAAGAAGACCAAAAAAGCUACCAUGCACACGAUUUGGAAAAGCUGGAACGACGAAGUGCAGGAAGCAAAGCGGGAAGUGUCAUCAGAAGAGCAAGAGCACAUCAACGCCAGAGAAUCUAUGUUUGGUGAGAUGAAUUUGACAGCAAUUCAGCGGAUCAGGUACCGUGCGUCUAUUUUGCCAAUCCGUCGGCGCUAUGCAGAGGAGCAAGAAAGGCUUCAACAGUUGAAAAAGCGCCUGAAUGACCACGAUGUGGGGAACAUUGAAGAAGGACUGACAGACGAGCAAAAGAAGGAGCUGAUUAACAAAGCCCUCACCGGUGUCGGUAAGUUGAUCAAAAAUUCAGAGGACUUUCUCAAGCUCGAAGUCAACAAAGACGUGCUUGGAAGCAAUGCAGAUCCCAGAAAGGACAAGACGACAACAGCAGAAAGGAGAGCAGUCUCCUUUUGGUUGGGCCGAAAGAAGAUUUUUGGCUUGGCGUAUCAUGAACGCCCGACCUUCGAGUACAAAGAGAACAUGCAUCAGUCUUGCUUGCCAACACUUUUGCGCCGCCUGGGUUUGGAGGAAUAUUUGUACCCAGCUUGGGUCAUGGAACAGUUGCAGCGGCGUCUCUCCAUGGCAAGAUCUUCUCUAGCUAGCUCUGGACCAGAAGCCUUAGACUACAGAGGUGCCCCAAUCCUGUGGGGCCGCCGCCGGGUUUGGGACUCCAGAGCUCGAAACCACAACCUGGAGACUCGUGAGAAGGCAGUGCUCCUGCUGUCCCAGAUAGAGGAGGCACUCACUGCAGCCCAAUCAAUUCACUCGGAAGAUCCCGGUGCGAAGGAUGUUGAUCCAGAACAGCCCGAUGAAGAGGACGAAGAAGCCACUUCAGAAAUUGGAGAGCGGGCUGAGGCCACAAACCAACCAGAAGAUGUGGAAGACAUCAGUCCAGAGGAGAAGGAUGUUGAGCCAGCAUUGCGCCGCGACACACAGAAGGAGGCUGACCAUGAAGAAACCGCCAAGGCAGCUGAGGCUUCCAUGAAGGUAGAGGCUCCUACUUCUCCCGGAGGAAAUGCAUUUGGCGUGGCUCCAGUGCAUGCAGGAGCCGAUCGGGCAGAGGAAGAAGAGAUUGACGAGGCAGACCAGGCACCUUCAGACACAGAGGUUUUGGAGCAGACCAGGCAGAUGGAGCAGAACGGCGAAUUGGAGAAGCCAGGGGUGGUGAAGGAGGCACUUGAGGUUGAGACGGAGGAUCUAGCAGAAGGAGCUGAGGAAAUCAAGCAGGAAGUCAAGGUGCCCGUGGCCACCCCGAGCACUGCAGCAUCAAGUACCGCAGCCCCGACAUCGCCAGAGAACCAUGGACUCCCGCCAUUCGAGGUGUUAGUGGAAGAUACGAGGAGCAUCCUCAAGCAGAUCCUGGAAAUGUCUGACGAGCAGAAAGAGGCGCAUCUUGCAUGUUGCGGGGUUCCACCUUUUGGCCCGUUCUUGAAGAAGGACAUGAGCGAGGAUGAAUUGAAUGAAUAUUCGCUAUUUAUGGCGCACUCCCUCAUGGCGACAAAGGAGGCCAUCCUUCGGGGCGCUCCUCGUCUCUCCGAUAUCAUUGAGAAGAUCAAUCCUCUAAUGCUGGCAGAAAUGCAUGCAAAUUUCAUGGCUGCGAAGAUCAGCAAGAAUGAAGGUAGCGAAGGACCACGGUCGCCCGAGAUGCCUGGAGCCACGGAGGGCUUCAUGACUCAGUUCAAGGAAGCGACGGGCAUGGUCCCUUCAAGCGCUGCCUCAAGCAAUGCAGCUCCAGCAAUCGCGGAGAACGGUGGAAUUCGACAAUUUCAGGUGUAUUUGGAAGGGGUUAUGGCAGAGCACGAACAGAUGGCUGCACUAAGCGAGGAGGAGAGGAAGGCUAUUUGUGAACGCGAAGGGCUUCCCGACUUUCAUGGACAGUGGAUGGCCAUGGACGAGAGGGAGAGGAGUAAAACAAUGCAUGCGGUGGCAAUGCGAGCGAUGUCGCAAGACAUGAUUUUCCAGGAGGCCCAACAUCAGGGAAUUCCCUGGGAGACCUUGGAAAAUUCUCAGACAUCGCCAGAACUAGCCAAAAAGCUUCUGGACGACUACAUGAGAAGAAAUCAAGGCAGCGGAGGGGCACGGUCGCCCGAGAUGUCUGGAGCCGCGGAGAAGCUAAUGGCAAAGGGCUUCAAGACUCACCUGAAGGCAACGGAGGCCACACAUGCAGGCCCAAAGUCGCAGAAGACAAAGAUGUCUCAAGCAACCGAGAGGAUGAUGGGCAAGGCCCUCAUUGAUUCCCUCAAGGCCUCGACGAGCACUCCGGAGCCGGUGCGUCCAGAAGUGGCGGUGUCUUUGCCAGAUUUGCACGCAUCAGCGGAGGAGAAACAAAAAGCAAAGGCAGCCAAGCAUGCCGAGCGGCGGCAGAAGAAGCUGAAAGUUAAUGAGGCGGUGCAGAAAGAAGACCCUGGAAAAGAACACGCUGAGUGGUGUGAGAGGGAGAAGGCACUGCGUACUGAUGCAUUCAAGCUUUGCGAUCAGCUGGGUAAGCUGUUGACUCAAAUCGCUCCUCGUCUCGACGUCGCAGGACAACUCAAGGAGAAGUUCGAUGAUGCGCUUUCGAUGUGGUUUGAGCAUUGCGAUGCUGUGAUUGACGAGCGUCGCGGCACAUGGACUCGAAAGAGGAGGGGCCACUUUGAGGAACUUGAAGACGCAGCAGAAGAGCUUGAGUGGUGGAAGUUCAACAGCAAGUCCGAUCAUUUCAUGAGCCUUUUGAAGAGAGGUUCAACCAUAAUCGAGAAGGGAGCCUGGGCUGUGCAUUUCGCAGUGGAAAUGCUGAGAAGCCAAAGCGGCGCCCUUGACGAACAGCUCAACCCGAUCGUCUUUGAGAUGACGGAGGAGGAAGACAAUGCCGAGGAAGAAGAGCCUGAAGAGCCAGAAGGGGACAUGAUCUCUUCCAGAGCGAUCCUCAAGGCGAUGAUGACCUGUUUUGAGCAUGUAGAGAAAGCAGCAGAGCUAUGGAAGGUGGGAGAGAAGGUGGAAGAGGAAGAAGUUGAGGAGGACGGUGCUGCCAGCCCAUCAGAUCGGACUGCCUUACCUGCGCAAGCAGGUCUACCAGACAAAGAUCAAGAGGAAGACCGUCCUCCCCCACCAGCAACUGCAGAGGUCGAUCCACACUCACAGGCGAACGGCGACAAGGAUGGUCCCCCAACGCCUGCACAGCCCGAGGCAGCAUCUAGCAGCUCCAAGGAUCCUAAGGAGCCGCGCAUGAAAGUAUGUCCAGCAUGCCAGGAGAAGGUGGAGCAGAGCAGGUUGAAGAAGCACAAAAGCAAGGAGUGCAUCAUGCGUGUGGAAGAAUGCACGGUCUGCCAAAGCCGCAUGAGCUGGAAGUUGCUUGAAGAGCACAAGUACGAGUGUGAAGGACGCGAAGUAGAAUGCCCAGACUGCAACAAUAUACUCAUUGCUCGCCAGUUGCCGCUCCAUUUGGAAACUGAAUGUCCAUUGCGACAGGUCAGUUGCCCAAAUGAAGCCAUGGGAUGUGACUGGAGAGGGCCUCAUGAAGGGCUUGAGAGCCACCGGCUGCACUGCUUGGCAGACCACCAAAGGCGCCGGGAGGAGCAACAAGUGGCUGGAGUGAAAGCGGCGCCUUCGCAGCGAGAGUUGCCACCCCAGCACCCGGCCCAGGGUGGCUACGUUGACACCUUCUGUGCACCUGAAGCGCCGCAACCACAAGCGACGAGCAGUAAGAGCGGUGUAUGGCCUGAUGACCAGGAAGAAGAGGCCAGAGAAUUCGCACGGAAGCAUGAUUUGGAGUGGGAAAUGGUCAGAGCGCGUUUCAACAGCCUGAACCCACCGCAACGAGAGAUGAUCAUGAGGCGCUUUGAGUGUCCUGCAAGCCAUGAGCCAUCUGGGAAGUUCAAGAAUUUUGUGGAGUCGUGCCAGAAGAAUGGUUGGUGGCAUUGUCCAAGUGAGGCGGCCUGGUACCAGGAGCGCGCACUGCGCAGAGGAACCGCUGUGACAGCGGCCUCGAGCUCCAUGAGCCAGUCAUCGGCGUCGCCAUCGAGGGGUGCUAAGGCAGCGCCCGCGAACUUCUUUGUGCACGAUGCCAUUGCCAAAACCAAGCAGGAGGGCGAACCCUUGAUGAAAGCACCACCAGCUACGCAGGAGCAGUUUGGAAUUUUCAAAGCCUCAUCACAGGCAGCUGCAGAGGCAGGUGCAUGGAGCAACUACACUCCAGCCACAACCAGCCAGCCACAGCAAACCCCUGACAGGGUUCAGGCUCGUUCUGAUGGGAUGUCCAAGGGUGGUAGUGGUCAAGCAGAUUCGGCAAAGAUUGCGUCGGACCGUCUCCUUACGCGGCAGCGGCUUCGUUUGCUGGACUGGUCUGUUGAGCAUGCAGAAGAGGUGAUGUGCCGGACAGGUUGUGAGAGGGACCAGGUCUCAGAGUACCACUUCGCUGAGUAUGCAGACCACCGCUACUUGUCGGGCCCACCCCAAGAGGUGCUGGUGCCAUACAGAGGCCGGACCUAUAGGACAAAGCAUGCAUUCCGCAGGCCGGACUUUGACAGUGUGCGCCAGGAAGGACAACACAUUUGUGUGAAUCCUCAGAUGGGCAAAGGUACUCUUGUCUUCUUGGCCAAUGGACUUAAGCUGGUCCCAUUCCCCUUGAACAUUCUGUUGACGGAGCAGCAGUUGGACAUCCCCACAUCGCUUUGGUUGCCUCCACCUCCUCCUGGACUUGGGCCUAACCCUGCGGCGAGCAGUGGCUAUGAGGCUGAUCACUGUGAUUGA